CGCCGUGUCCGGUUUCUGUGGUCGUUCCUGGGAAGAAUUGUGUUGUUCGUGCUCCACACUGCUCGGUCGGUACGGGUAGUAAAAUGUAGCUAAGGUCGGAAAUGUUCGUCAGGGGUGGAUGAGAGGAGAGGAGAGGAAAAGGGGAGGCACCUGUGAGACGGAGCAGGUCAGCCUACCGCGGUGUCAAGUUUACGUUGAUCCCGGCGAGGUACAGUUUCAGACAUAUUUGUCAAGCGCAGGAGUCAUCAUCGGUUCAGCUCCAGCCUCUGCUCCGUGGGACAUUACGAAGACGUUUUGUUAUCACGGACUUAACGUGUGAGGUGAGCUGUGACUACCCCCUUCCUUGUCUCUCCGUACACCUGAAUGUACUGUGGGCAGCCCUGGCCCUUUGGAGAGGCGCUGUGCUCAGAGACUGUGCUGCACUAAAAGAACCCAUGGCUUCUGGCACUCCGUGUCCCUCUGUAGGCCGCAGGCUCAGGCUGCUGGAGUUGCUACUCGGGCCUCUGUUGGUCUUGCUGGUUUCUGGGCUGAGACCAGCACUGGGUCAGAAGGUCUACACCAACACAUGGGCUGUCCACAUACCUGGAGGUCCGGAGGAAGCUGAUCAAAUUGCCAGUAAACAUGGGUUCAUAAAUCAAGGACAUGUAUUUGGUGAUUAUUAUCACUUCCGGCAUCGUACGGUGGUGAAAAGAUCGCUGUCUGAUCACAGGGGGACACAAGUCCGUCUUUCAAGAGAUCCCAAGGUGACUUGGGCCGAGCAACAAGUGUCAAAACGGAGAAAAAAGAGGGAUGUUUUCGCAGAACCGUUAGAUCCCAAGUUCAGAGACCAGUGGUACCUGUACAACAGCAACCACCGGGACUUGAAUGCCAAAUCUGCAUGGCAGUUAGGCUACACAGGUAAAGGUGUGGUGGUGUCUAUCCUGGAUGAUGGAAUAGAGAAGAACCAUCCUGACUUAAUGCAGAACUAUGACCCGGAUGCCAGCUAUGAUGUGAAUGAUGGUGACCCAGAUCCUCAGCCUCGAUACACACAGCUAAAUGACAACAGGCAUGGAACACGAUGUGCAGGAGAAGUGGCGGCAGUAGCCAACAAUGGGAUCUGUGGAGUCGGUGUGGCCUACAAUGCCAAGAUUGGGGGUGUGCGAAUGUUGGACGGCGAGGUGACUGACAUGGUGGAGGCCCAGUCCCUCAGUCUAAAUCCCCAACACAUCGACAUCUACAGCGCCAGCUGGGGCCCAGAGGAUGAUGGCAAAACUGUCGACGGACCUGCCAAACUCGCCAAAGAAGCUUUUCUGCGUGGAGUUACAGAGGGUCGUAGUGGUUUGGGCUCCAUCUUUGUGUGGGCUUCUGGAAACGGAGGGAGGGAGAAGGACAGCUGUAACUGCGACGGCUACACCAACAGCAUCUACACCCUGUCCAUCAGCAGCUCCACCCAGAACGGCAACGUCCCCUGGUACAGCGAGGCUUGCUCCUCCACCCUUGCCACCACCUACAGCUCAGGGAACCUCAACGAGAAACAGAUAGUGACGACAGAUCUCAAAUCAAAAUGCACAGACUCUCACACAGGCACGUCUGCCUCCGCUCCGCUGGCAGCUGGGAUCAUCGCACUUGCCCUUGAGGCCAAUAAAAACCUGACCUGGAGGGACAUGCAACAUCUGGUCGUACGAACUUCUCACCCUGCCCACCUGCUCACCAACGACUGGAGAACCAAUGGUGUUGGGCGCAAAGUUAGCCACUCAUAUGGAUACGGUCUCCUUGAUGCCAGUGCUAUUGUUGCGCUAGCAGAAACGUGGACCAGUGUGAGGCCACAGCGGAAAUGUGUGAUCACCAUGGUCUCUGAGCCAAGGAACAUUGGCAGCCGUUUGUUGAUUAACAAGACUGUGGACGCCUGCAUCGGGACAGACAGCCACGUGACUUCAUUAGAGCACGUCCAGGCACGGCUCACCCUGUCCUACAACCGCAGGGGAAACCUGGCAAUCCACCUCAUUAGUCCUUCUGGCACACGCUCCACUCUGCUCCACCCCAGGCCCCAUGACUACUCGUCAGAGGGAUUUAACGACUGGGCUUUCAUGACCACCCACUCCUGGGACGAGAACCCCACCGGGGUGUGGACACUGGAGAUUGAGAACGUGGCAGGUGCCAGUGACUAUGGCACACUGACCCAGUUCACCCUGGUGUUGUAUGGCACCGCCUCAGCAUCUUCCAGCUCCUCUGACAAGGCUCAGCCUGGCAGUGACAACUGUAAGACCUUGGACCUGAGGCAGAUAUGCAUCGAGUGUAACGCCGGCUACUACCUCUUUAAGCAGGGCUGUGUGAAAGAAUGUCCAGAAGGCUUCUCAGUGGGCUCCCAGCUGCUCAACUACACAGUGGGAAACUUUAUACCUCCAGCAUCCGUCCCAGCCUGCCUGCCCUGCCCACCGCCCUGCCUGACCUGCAGCAGCCUCAGCCCUAUGGCCUGCCUAUCCUGCCCCCCCCACAGCUCCCUGGACCCCAACUCCGGCACCUGCCUGCACCUUAACCAGUACAUGCGUGAAUCCCCUGGCAGCUUUACGGUGGGCCAGGGGAACCCGGGAGUGCAGCCCCAGCUCAACUCUCGGCUGCCCAUCACCGUCGCCGUGCUAAGCUGCAUGGCCAUCAUUGCUACCUUCGCUGGCACCUUCCUGUUGCUGCAGCUGCGCUCAGGCGCACUUCUCAAGAUGCCGUCUCUGGAGGCUGGCGGCGGUCUCGGGGGCAGUUUCAGCCUCGGGGGAAAUAGGAUGGUGUCGUACCGCGGCAUUCCGACAGUGUGGGGGGAUGAUGGGGUAAAUACAGACUCCGAUAACGAAGAGUUUGACGUCCAAAAUGAGAGGACUGCCUUCAUCAAAACACAAAGUGCUCUUUAAUGCCUCCCCCACAUCCAUCUCUCUCUCUCUCUCUCUCUCUCUCUCUCUUGCUCUCUUGCUUUUAAAGUCUUCUCACCCUCAUUUGUCUGAUAUUUCAGGGCUGUGCUAACUGCGCUCUCACAGUUCUUUCUAGUUUUGUUUCGCUUCACUUUUUUUCCUGGCUCUGUCUAACCAGGUUCUUGCUUCAGGAUCUGCUGUGGGAGACCUGAUGGUAAGGCGGUGUCUGUCAGAGCUCAGGAUGGUCCGAGCUUGGCUCUGUUCACACUUGGGCGCUUUUCUAUUAAACUGGCUCUUUCCCUCCUCUUGCCCUCAAUCACUAACGGUGUCUGUUUGUGUGUACAGAGUCCAUUUCCCCCUUCAGCUUUUUUUGUUUUUUUUUACAGUAAACAAACGAUUAUUUGCUUCUCUUUCCCCUCUCUUUUUAUCAGUGCAGUAGCCAGAUGAGAUUGUUAAACGUGCGGAGUAAAGAUGUGUGUGUGAAUGUAAGCGUGAAUCUGAUGAAUGGUGUACUGCCCUUUAUAGAGAACCUAAAGCUGUUCCUGUCACAUUUAGUACUCUAACUAAAAAGUGAUAGCAAAAAAUUGUAUUGAGAGGCAUGAAAUCGGAUUAAGAAACAUUGAUCCUCUGAGUGUAGUUAAGUGACAUCAACGUUCAAAAGCUGUUCGUACCACUUAUCCGUUGUGAGUCACAGUGUAUUUUAAAAAUGCACAAAUCAACAGCAUAAUAGUUGUCGUGAAAAUGUCCAGACUUUAAUGGUUUAAGAUAAACAAAACCAACUGUCUAAGAUCUUCUCAGUCGUCUAUUUAUGAGACAUUAUUUUGAAUUUACUUUCAGCAAAAUCCAUCUUUCACACAAUCUUUUUUAUCUGUACAGUUUUAGUUCUAGGUGGGGGAGGGGGCUUUAGUUCUCUUAUUAUACACUCAAUCUGGAAAGAUCUCUCUCAGCUCUGGCAGAACAAACAGAGUUACAAACGUUGCAAAUCUUUUUCAGCGACUCAAGAUUCAAGAUAGACUUGAUAUAUCCCGGUUUACAAACUAUAUGUUCUCCUGCACUCAUCACCUCCCCAGCCAUCACAUGGAAGGGUGACAAAAGAGUCAGAUAAAUAAAGAUAAUUAAAAAACACACACACCCACACACAAACACACAGGCUACUCCAUCAACCCUGAGGCACAACCCUUGCAGGUAUAUUUAAUUCAAUUUCCGUGUUUGAUGUGUUCAGCUGAGAGAGAAGCAGCCAAAGUGCCAAUGGGACCCAGAACAAUAUGACUGUUGAGCACAAAAAGCAGCUGGCAGGUGUUCAGUUACUCGUGAUUGAUUCCUUCACAGCAGACGCUGUUAACAAUACAACAAGGCUUUCCUUUUGGUCAGAGUACUACAAACGUACAUUAGACGCAUGUUAUAUCAUUGUUUGUGUGUGUUUGUGCGUGCGUGUGUGUGUGUGUGUGUGUGUGUGUGUGCACACGUCUGUGUGUGUACACGCAUUGAGGUCUAGAAAUAUGUAUCUGCCCUCUAAAGGGAAGGUUUCCUUCUUCUCACAGUCAAUGCUCUCUUCUUCAAAUCUUGAAUGCUGUUUAGAAAUCGAGCGCGAGACUCCACAUCUCGACAGUCUACUCUGUAUUUACCCUCCAGUCUUCAUUUAAUCUGAAUUUCAGAUGAUCUCUUCCGCAUAUUUGCCAAUUAAUUAUAUUCUGAAUGAUACUCAGUAACUAUUUAUUCUGAGAUAUUUUAAUCAUUCCUUUAGGGAAGAUCGUUUUAAAGAGAAUCGUUUUCUCCAGGGCUGGUUAUCAUCUAAAAAUGUGCAUUUCAUCAUACAUUGAUCGUUGUUGCAAUUAUUUUCUUUUUCAUUUCCAGUACAAAAACGGUGGAGCUUGCUGAGAAAGGUUGUCAUGGUGAUGACAUGCAUACAAAAGUGCAGCUGCUCAUCCAUUUAAAUUUUUUUUUUUUUUAUCUACCUCUCGUAACACUCAGCAAGGUUUCAUACGCCGUUAGAGGAACUGUUUAAUGAUUAUAGAGGUCAAAUUAUGUAUGUCAGAUAUGAAAACAAUUUUCGAAAAAGAUUUUAGGAGAAUAGGCACGCAAGUCAAAUUCACGUCUUAGAAGAGAAACAAGCAAUUGUGAUUCAGAAACUGUAAAGCUGCUGUGUAAAUUCUAGUCUGCUGAAGCGCCUAUAUCUCCUAUAAUGUAUUGCCUUUAGGAUCAGCAUUCAUGGGCAGGCACAUCUGGGCUUUAAAACCUGUUAUUGAAAAUAGAAUUGGUAGAAGGAUUGUCCAUAGAUCUUAUUGGUUAGCGUUUAAGUGCUAAAUCAACUUGAAAUUGUUUGGCGUGUUUUUUUUUGGCUCCAUCAGAGGUGAAUACCUUUUUGUUCAUAAGUUUAUGUCACUGACAAUCAAAAUAUUUCCUGAUUUGAGUGCACAAUCACACACAACUAAUUUUAAUUUAACCACUGGUUUUGGAAGGCUUUCUCAGAAGGUAAUCUUCAUAAAUAUUCAGAGUUAAAUGUAAUUUAUAUUGCCAAUUGUUCAGAGAGAAAGAGGAAAGAAAACAGAGAAUAAAGAGUUUCAAACCAGUACAUUCCAACAUCCUGUUCAAACAGAUAGGUAUGUAUGCUCUCAAACACUCAGACAUCGCACUGAGCCAGAAAGCUUAAUUCAUCUCAGAUGCCCGGUGCAGGUGUACAUUUUGCUUAUCGCUACAGUUUUAGUCAGGAAACACUAAAAUGGAAUGGAAACCAACCUUGAGAAUGUGGCUCUAGACGAAGUGACCUAAAAAGGAACAAAGCUAAUGUUGCUGCAGAAUGCAGUUGCUGUGCUGCAUUGCUUUGUGUACAUUUGUGCCUACUGCCUUUUAGACUUCGACCAGUCUCAGUUUAAGAAGGUUGCGCAUUUAAAAAUGUAAUAACUACACCCUUAGAUUUGAACCACAAAAUUGUUUUGACUUCCCAGCUUGGUGUGAAGUGUGUAAACAACAGAUAAUGGGCUAAUGCAGUCCUUAAAAUUUCUUCCAUAAACAAUUUUCUUAAAGUCUGGAUGCUAAGAGUUUGAUUCUUUAGAAGAACUUUAAUGUGGAACUCUAAGCAAUGCAAUUAGUAUUGAUGCUCAGUCUUACCAACAAUGAUCCACUGUGCUUCUUCCCUUACAAAAGAUUCAUAUUUCUCCCAGAAAGAAUACUUUCUUCUCAAGUUCAACAUUUUGGGGGUGUUCAGACAACUUUCUGUGGCCUCUCGAGUACCCACACAAAAUGAUUGAUUCAUAUUAGCUUGAUGUUGGAUUCACUACAGCUUGACAACUCAGAAACCUUUGGGCAUUCAAGUGUCCAACAUUUAAGAAAACCAUGAAUGCUUGCAGCAUUAAAUAGCUAUUGCUUCUAAAGCACAGGGAGCUGCUAAAAACCAUCAGCUCCUUACAAUGCAAGAAUGUGAUGGAAAUUACACACUAAAAAAAGGAGGUUCUUUUAUUGUGCCAGAAAGCAGCUCAUCAUCAUCAUCAUCAUCAUAAGGUGCCACUUCACCGGCCCUUAAUUGUGAAGCCUUUUAAUAUAGAAAGUAAUAGGAAUGUUACAAAA